AUGAAGCUCUCUACAUCGCUCGUUCUCGCUGCAGCAGCUACUUCAACAUCCGCACACACCAUCUUCGUCAGUGUCAAUGGCGGCGCAGUAGGAGACGGUGUCCGCGUGCCCUCGUACGACGGUCCCAUAAACGACGUUUCCUCGAACGACAUAGUCUGCAACGGCGGCCCAAACCCCACCGCGAAAACCUCCACCGUCAUCACCCUGCAAGCCGGCAGCACCGCGAAACUAACAUGGCGCCACACCCUGACCUCCGGUCCUAACGACGUCAUCGAUUCAAGCCACAAGGGACCCGUCAUGGCCUACAUGAAGAAAGUCAGCGACGCAAAGACCGAUUCAGGUAUCGGCGGAGGCUGGUUCAAGAUCAGCGAGGAUGCCUUUGACGGCUCGAAAUGGGGCGUUGACCGGUUGAUUGCGAACCAGGGCGUGCAGACGGUUACGAUUCCCAAGUGCAUUGCUCCGGGACAGUAUCUGCUAAGGGGCGAACUGAUUGCGCUGCAUUCGGCCAGUUCGAGCAUGGGCGCGCAGUUUUAUAUGGAGUGUGCGCAGAUUAAUGUUACGGGUGGGGAGGCGAGUAAGACGCCGGCGACGGUUUCUUUCCCCGGUGCGUAUAAGCAGAAUGAUGCAGGGAUUUUGUACAACUUGUACACUGGGAGCAAGACGUACACGAGUCCUGGACCGGCUGUUUUCAAGUGCUAG